CUCCCUUGGCUGCUUCCUCCUGUUCCUCCUGGUGGGUCGGGCCUGCCCAGAAUGAGGACAUUCCAUGGGACAGCUGUGCAGAGCAUGGUCAGCUGCUGAAGUUGGGACUCUGCCUUUUGGAAAGUUGUUCUUUUCAGAGGCCAGAGAAGCAAGAGGAGUCAGUGGGCAGGAGACCUGGCCCACUCUCCCUCCUCCCAUGCUUGGGCCACUUUUGACUCUUCCCUUUCUGCACUGGAGGCCAGAAGUUCAACUGAGUAUCCCUUGGUCAAAAUCGAAGUGUUGGCAGGGCUGUGCCAGCUCCAGAGGCUCCAGGAGAGAUUCUGUUCCUGAAUCUUCUAGAUUCUGGCAGCUGCUGGCAUUCCUUGGCUUGUGGCUGCAUCACUUCAGUCUUCAAGAGGAUGCUAUGGAAGGAAGCAAGUCAUUACUUGGAAACUGGAAAAUAAAGGUCAUCAAGCAUUUAAUGAGUGUUUUCAUAAAGGGAAGCUGGACACAUGUUUGCGACGGUACCGAGAUGCCUGUCGGAGGGCCCAGUGGAGGGCCCCACGGGACUGAGCACCUGGUGCCCUGUGCCAUCGUUGGUUCAAUCACAUCCUCGUACUGGUUUUCCUUCCUCUCAUCUUUCCCUCCCCAUAUCCUGCUGUCUUGUUCUCUGGGAUUCUCAAAUAAAUCACUGUGUACAGACUUUGAUCUCAGGCUCUGCUUUGUGGGGGAACCCCGGCUGGGAUAG